AUGGUGGGUAUGCUGUACAGACGAGCUUUAUCCCAUCCCGCCCGCGGGCUUUUCGCACGAGCUCGGUGGCAAAGCACCAGCUCCAUCCCCUCAAACGCGACCACCGAGAUCCCUCCACAUGCUACCCCCAGACUCACAGCGCUGAAAACCGCGAAGCCCUUCUCCGAUUUCCUCACAGAUACAUUCAACCGCCAACAUGACUAUCUACGAAUCAGCGUCACCGAACGCUGUAAUCUCCGGUGCCUAUAUUGCAUGCCCGAAGAAGGAGUGGAGCUCUCUCCUCAAGCACGACUAUUGACGUCGCCGGAGAUCGUCUACCUGUCGUCCUUGUUCGUCUCCCAGGGCGUCACGAAGAUUCGCUUAACCGGUGGCGAGCCUACGGUACGGAAGGACAUCGUUCCUCUGAUGCAGAGGAUCGGCCAGCUGCGGCAGAAUGGGCUCCGCGAACUGUGUCUGACCACCAACGGGAUAUCCUUACAUAGGAAACUUGAUCCUAUGGUUGAAGCCGGUCUCACAGGCGUGAAUCUGAGUCUUGACACGCUAGACCCCUUCCAGUUCCAGAUCAUGACCCGACGCAAGGGAUUUGAUGCUGUGAUGAAAAGUAUCGAUCGGAUUCUGGAAAUGAACAAAGUCGGUGCUGGAAUUAAGUUGAAAAUCAACUGUGUAGUCAUGCGCGGGAUGAACGAUCGCGAAAUCCUCCCGUUUGUCGAGCUCGGUCGUGAGAAGCCCAUCGAGGUGCGGUUCAUCGAAUAUAUGCCGUUUGAUGGGAACAAGUGGAAUAAAGGAAAGAUGUUUCCAUACCAAGAAAUGCUGGCCGUCAUUCGUGAAAAAUAUCCGUCGUUGGAGAAAGUUGUCGAUCACAAAAAUGAUACCAGCAAGACCUACAUGGUCCCUGGCUUUGAAGGGCGUGUCGGCUUUAUCACCAGCAUGACGCACAACUUUUGUGGGACCUGUAAUAGGUUGCGCAUCACUGGAGAUGGUAAUCUGAAAGUCUGCCUCUUUGGGAAUGCCGAGGUCUCUUUGCGGGAUAUCAUUCGCAGGGAGAACGACGGACAGCCCAUCGAUGAAGACGCAUUGAAAGAGCUCCGCCUGCUUGAAACAGUGCAGGAUGCGGCUCGUCUCAGUGAUGAAGGAGGUUUGAUUCCCGAGCGGGAACGCGAAAUUUUGGAUAUCAUUGGCCUGGCCGUGAAACGCAAGAAGGAAAAGCACGCCGGCAUGGGUCGGCUGGAGAAUAUGAAGAAUAGGCCCAUGAUUCUUAUUGAUAGUAAAAAAUACCCAUGGCCAUUUUCCAAUUCACGGGCAAAACCAACAAAAGUUCCUUUGCAUCUUCUUUCUUCAACGGGACUAUCCCAAGCUCGUCUUCUCCAUACCGGACGAUCUGCCCAAACCCAAGAAACUAAGCAACAAAAAGAAAACAAAUCUCCCCGAUCUCUCCCCAACAUCUCAGACCCCGAACUACCACAUCUCACCCCUUCGCAAACCGUACACAUGACACAAAUCACCUCCAAACCCGAAACAAAACGACUAGCUACCGCCGCAUGCCUGGUCACCUUCUCCAACCAAAGGCCAUGGGAAAUCCUACGAAGGGGCGAAGGCACCCAUAAAGGCGAUGUAUACAGCGUCGCCCGUAUUGCAGGCAUCAUGGCCGCGAAACGAACACCGGACAUCGUCCCAUUGUGCCAUCCUGGAAUUGGCAUCACGGGUGUAGAGGUUAGUGUGGAGCUUGUUGAACCCAAUGCUGCCAGUACACAGGAUCAUGGCGGUAUGCAGAUUGUCGCUACGGUUAGCUGUUUUGGACGUACUGGCGUUGAGAUGGAGGCCAUGACGGCUACUAUGGGUGCUGCGUUGACGGUUUAUGACAUGCUUAAGGCUGUUGAUAAGGGGAUGAUCAUUGGGGCUGUGCGGUUGAUAGAGAAGCAAGGUGGGAAAAGCGGGCAUUGGGUGCGAGAGGAGUGA